AGUAAGUAUAAUAAUAAUACUAUAGUACUAUAAUAAUAAGGUGAACAGAGAGUGCGAGGUAUGGUGUGGGGCAUCCCGUCCGGCUCACUCAAUCUUACUCCGAUUCACAGAGAUGGACAAGUUUCCGGCGAUUCUCCCACCAUUCCUCAUCUUGUUUUUCUCUUUUAGCCUUUCGCUUUCCGACGGAUAUUUCACGGGAAAUUCUUCCCAUCCCGGCCUAACAUCCCAGGCCGACUCUCUCUGCGCACAGCUUAUCGAGCCCAACGGUUAUUCCUGCGCCGAAUACAUUGUUCAAACCAAGGAUGGCUACUUAUUAGCUCUUCAACGCGUCUCAUCUCGUUCUGGGGAUAUUAGAGUUCAGCAAGGUCGUCCUGUUUUGCUUCAACAUGGAUUGUUCAUGGCAGGUGAUGCAUGGUUUUUGGAUUCUACCGAGCAGUCAUUGGGCUUCAUCCUGGCAGACCAGGGUUUUGAUGUAUGGGUUGGAAAUGUUCGUGGAACACGUUGGAGUCAUGGACACACAUCUUUAUCUGAAACAGAGAAGGAAUUUUGGGAGUGGAGUUGGCAGGAAUUAGCUCUGUAUGAUCUUGCAGAAAUGUUAAACUACAUAAACUCAGUUACAAGCUCCAAAAUCUUUAUUGUUGGACAUUCACAGGGAACAAUCAUGUCUUUGGCUGCUCUCACUCAGCCGGACAUAGCGGAAAUGGUUGAAGCUGCUGCUCUUUUGUGUCCAAUAUCUUACUUGGACCAUGUCAGUGCUCCACUUGUACUUAGAAUGGUUGCAGUGCAUCUUGAUCAGAUGGUUCUUGGUUUGGGGUUACACCAAUUGAACUUCAGGAGCGAUGUGUUGGUUAACCUUGUGGAUUCAUUAUGUGAUGGCCAUGUGGAUUGUACUGAUUUUCUAAGUUCUGUAACAGGGCAGAAUUGCUGCUUUAAUAAAACUCGGAUGGACUUCUAUUUGGAGUAUGAACCUCACCCCUCAUCUGUGAAGAACUUACGCCAUCUUUUCCAAAUGAUCCGCCAGGGUACUUUUUCCCGGUAUGAUUAUGGAAUCUUGAAAAACUUACUGAUGUAUGGACAGUUUAAACCCCCAGCAUUUGAUCUUAACAGCAUACCCAAGUCAUUGCCAUUAUGGAUGAGUUAUGGAGGGAAUGAUGCCUUAGCAGAUGUAACAGAUGUGCAGCACACUCUUGAGGAAUUAACAUCCAACCCAGAGUUGCUUUAUCUCGAGAACUACGGUCAUAUAGACUUCCUUUUGAGCAUAAACGCAAAUAGAGAUGUUUAUGACCAUAUGAUCGGAUUUUUCAGUCAGUUGUGCACAGCUUAAACUGGGAAUUGGUUUUUACCUUAUCUUAACCAUUUCCUUAGGAUGGAAGUUGAGGCAAGUCCUUUUGACAGGGGUGGCAAGUUUGGUUGAAGAUACACACGCUUUUGGAGCCUGCAAAGAUACUUCCGUGACGCUUUAAGUGAAGAAACCUGGGUAGAAGUUAUGACGGAAGAUUGAAGUCAUAAUGGAAAUGCGGAUUUCAAAGUAUUUUUGUCAAGGUAAGUUAUUCUGGAAGAGCAUCAUGCAGAAAUAUCUGAUGUGCUUAUCUCCUAGUCUUUAUAAUAGAUUAUUGGCAUUAUAACUUGAUUGUAUAGGGGUUUUCCUAUUGAAGCCUUAAAUGAAAAGUUGAUUCUAUCAAAUAAUAUGUUUGUUGAUCCAACAUUUCAAGAGAAGCAUAUUGUAUUUGCUUCUUGUUAUUGUUAAUUUUAGAUGUUAUAGAGAGAUGAUGAUGGUGUCAAACGAAACAGUGAAUCAGCUAGAGCACAACUAGAGAGCGGACGCCCGGGAACAGAUAAGUUGUCAAAUGGCUACUUCCAUGAAUAAUAAAUGCUUACCGAGACAAGCAAUCUCACUAAUGCACUCACUUUUGUACGGCAUCUUUUGCAUAACAUUUUAGAAAAUACAAGAAACCAACAUAUUUUGUUUCUCUUCUAAACAUCCCUGGAACCAGCUGCUGCCAUGCCAAUUUCCAAUUCACCCAAUUUUUUCUCACAUGGCAUUGAACAAUUUGAUCAAAGAGCUGCCUAUUCAAAUGACAAAUCCAACGGUCCCAGAAUGAGGCUUAGGCAUCACCAAGAAGUUCAACAACGUUUAAUCAUGAUAAUUUUUUCCUCCACGGACGGUGCUUUUCCCGCUUCAAGUACUGUUGCAUUAAAGCUGGAUGUGACAACUAUUAGUUUGUUUUUUUCAUGGCAAUCAGUAAUAAUUUGGUUCCUAACUUAAAUUCA